AGUGUUUCUCCUCUCUCAGCUCCACCCACCUGCAGAUAAAAGCCAAACCCUCAACCAGAGCUGCUGUUCAGCGUCUGUCCCAAACUCCUCAAAGCGUUGUGAUACUUCCACCCUGCAGCAGCAGCAGCAGCAGCAGCAGCAGCAGCAGCACACAAAGCAGGACUGCAGCUAACACCUGGCUGGAUUCCACGCAUGGCCGCCGUCCCACUCAUGCCUUGGAAAAGACCCAGAAGAGCGACCUAAAGCGAGGGGAAGUGGAGGAGAAACCAGACGAAGGAGGCGCGGGCCAGAGGGAGCGACGAGCUUCGGUUUGAGAGGAGGAGAAACCUGAAAGAAAUGGCGGCUGUACCCCUCCACUCUUUCUAUCCACUCAUCGCAGCGUUCCAGCUGUGUUUAUUACACCCGGCCCACGGCGGGGCGUAUUACGGACACAAACAGCCGCCUCCACAGCACCCGCCGUUGCCGCAGUACAACGACGGGUUUCCUCAGCAGCAGUUUUUGGGGAACGAGAUGCCACACCUGCCUUACGGCAAAGAAUCGCUGCCUCAGUACGGAAAGGAGCUUCCUCAGCUGCCGCUGCAGAUGGGCAAAGAGAGGCCGCUGAUUGAAGGCAAAGGACAAACAUUCCCUAGAGGGGCUAAAGGUCCACCUCCUCCUGGUCCUGGUGGAGAAGGUCUCAGAGAGGGACCUCAGGGAGUUCAGGGUCCCCCAGGACCAGCAGGGCCGCCAGGACCACAAGGCCCCCCUGGGCUUCCAGGCCAGGGAUUGCCGGGGCUACCGGGAAAGCCAGGGCCUACUGGUCCUCAAGGCUACCCAGGACUCGGAAAACCUGGCAUGCCAGGAUUGCCAGGAAAACCUGGAGGACCUGGAUUACAUGGAGCAAAAGGUGACCUUGGUCCUUAUGGUGGUGAAGGACCAACUGGACUUCCUGGGCCUCCAGGGCUCCCAGGUCCCCCUGGACUCCCGGGGAUUUCAAGAUCAGGAGGUCAGGGGCUGCCCGGCCAGCUGGGUCCUCUAGGGGAGCCUGGCCAAAAAGGUCCACCGGGGUUUCCUGGUCCUUCAGGCUCCAAGGGAGAGAAAGGACAUAGUGUACCUGGUUUGCCAGGUUUAAUGGGGCCCAAUGGACCACCAGGUCCACCUGGAAAUGUAGGCAUCCCUGGAGUUGGCAAACCUGGCUUGAAUGGUUUUCCUGGACAACCAGGGAUACCAGGAAAAUCUGGUCCUCCUGGAGAGUCAGGACUGGCAGGGCAACCUGGUGAAAGAGGCCAACCGGGACCACCAGGCUUGCCGGGAAUUGGAAAACCAGGAAAAGAUGGUUUCAGAGGGCAACCAGGACCUCCUGGAGGGAAAGGGGAAUCCGGCCCUUCUGGUUUAACAGGGGGUCCAGGCUUGCCAGGAUAUGGUAAACCAGGGUUUCCAGGACCUAAGGGUCACAAGGGACAUGCUGGUCUUCAUGGACCUCCAGGCCUAAAAGGUGAUAAAGGUCAUGGAGGUCUUCCAGGUGUCAUUGGUUCCACUGGUGCUAGUGGUAUACCUGGCCCACCAGGACCAAUAGGGCCUCCCGGUAGUCUUGGCUUCCCAGGGCAAAAGGGAGAGGAUGGUGUUUGGGGAUCAAAAGGAAAUCCAGGAAUGAAGGGUGAUUUAGGGCCCCCAGGUCUUCCAGGACAGCCAGGACAGUCAGGUGGGGGUGGACAACCAGGAACAAGAGGUUUACAAGGGCCCAUUGGCCCUAAAGGAGAAUCUGGUAUGAGGGGUUCACCUGGUUCCCAUGGUGCUGCAGGAUUAACUGGACCAAGAGGAGAGGGGGGGCAAUCUGGAGAGACAGGCUACCAGGGACCACAAGGUAUCCCAGGGCUUACAGGACCAGGGGGACCACUUGGACCUCCUGGGAUGCCGGGGCCAAAAGGCGAAACAGGCCUACCUGGUAAAAAUGGCUAUCCUGGUGAGGGAAAGCCAGGACCCCAUGGUCAUAUUGGUCCUCAAGGUAACCCUGGGCCAAGUGGCCCUUCUGGACUUCCAGGGCAACCAGGACAACCUGGACCCCCUGGUCCUGCAGGACUACCUGCUGCAUCUCCUGACCUCGGACGGAUCCUCCCCGUUACCGGCCCGUACACGGGCCAAAAACAAGGUUACAAGAAGAACGGAGGCAACAUUGGUGGAAAUGGCGUGGAGAUGCCCGCGUUCACGGCGAAGCUCACGACUCCGUUCCCUCUUGUUGGCUCUCCGGUCAUCUUUGACAAACUCCUGCACAACGGCAACCAGGACUACAAUCCCCAGAAUGGUGUUUUCACCUGUAGCGUACCAGGGGUCUACUACUUCGCCUACCACGUCCACUGCAAAGGGGGUAACGUGUGGGUGGCACUGAUGAAGAACAAUGAGCCGGUGAUGUACACGUAUGAUGAAUACAAAAAGGGCUUGCUGGAUCAGGCAUCGGGGAGCGCCGUACUCCCGCUACGACAAGGAGACUCUGUGCAUAUACAGCUGCCAUCUGACCAGGCGUCCGGACUUUAUGCUGGUCAAUACGUCCACUCCACGUUCUCUGGAUACUUAUUGUACCCAAUGUAAGAAACGUGUACAAACAAAGGCGAAAAUAAUGACACACUGAUGGUAUCUUUUACCAUAUUUAUGGUCUCAAAGGUACAAUGUAGGUCAAGUUAAAGGGUUUACAAUGAGUGGUGGCAGAAUAAUGUUUUUAUACAUACUUCAUUGAAUUAUCCUUUGCAUCAAAAUUUACAUAUAUCAUCAAAAAUUAUGCAGUUAUGAAAUAAUCUGGUCAUAUGAUAUAUAAGAGGUUUCAUGUGAGGGUUGUGGAGAGCAGAGGUAAAAAAAAAAAAACUUGUAUGUUUACAUUGUGCAUUUAUUCUUAUAUCCAUCCACACACAAUAUACCAGUGUUCAUGUCAUGGCUGGAAUAAUUCUUGCAGAAUUGUAUUCACUUUUCACUAAUUUUUUUUGCUUUACAGUUAUAUACUGUAUACUGGGCACAUAGGAACAUAUUGGUUUCAUUGUACAAUGCAUUUACUCACAGCCAAAGACUGUAUAUAAAGAUGGACAACAUACUAGCUCCCCAAAAGUGAAGCCCAAACAUCUUGAUCGCCCCCUGGUGGCUGGUUGCAGUAUAGGUCAUAAGUCCCGCCCCCUCAAUGUUAGUGGAA